AGGCAGGUUGCUUCAACAAACAUUUGUGAAAGAAUGGGCUGCUCUCAGGAGCUCAGUGCAUUCAAGUGUGGUACUGUGAUAGGUUACCACCUGUGCAAUAAGUCCAUCCAUGAAAUUUCCUUGCUACUAAAUAUUCCAUGGUCAACUGUUAGUGGUAUUAUAACAAAGUGGAAGCAACUGGGAACAACAGCAACUCAGCCAUAAAGUGGUAGGCCACGGAAAAAUGACAGAGCGAGGUCAGCACAGUCGCCAACUGUCUGCAGAGUCAAUAGCUAAAGACCUCCAAACUUUGUUUCCAAUGAAGGGAACUCUUAAGGCGUCAGCAUACUAAGACAUUUUGGACAAUUUCAUG